CAAAAUACAAAUCAAUAUGGCCGACUUUUACCGGUUGGUUUGUCUAUUUUGAUAAUUUGAAGAAAAUUUCACGAAAAUUAUCUUAUCAUAAACUUUAUACUGUUGUGAGGCCUUUGGAUACUGUUUUCUGUGUUCGUUAGAUACUGUCUGUAAUUAUGGAAGCACUUAUACCAGUUAUCAAUAAGUUACAAGACGUUUUUAAUACUGUUGGAGCUGAUGCCAUUCAAUUACCUCAAAUAAUAGUUUUAGGAACUCAGAGUUCAGGUAAAAGUUCAGUGAUUGAAAGUCUAGUUGGGCGAUCAUUCUUGCCGCGAGGCCCAGGUAUUGUCACUCGGAGACCUCUUGUCCUACAGCUGGUAUAUAGUCCUAAAGACAGUAAAGAACAUCGCUCGGCUGAAGAAGAUCACAGCACAAAAACAACGUCCUGGAACCCAAUAGCUCAACUUUCUCAAUCAAUAUUAGCAACAGGUACAGUAAACCUAGAAGAAUGGGGCAAGUUUCUCCAUACGAAAGAGAAGAUCUAUACAAACUUCGAGGAGAUCCGGCAGGAGAUCGAGCGGGAGACAGAUCGCAUGGCUGGCAGCAAUAAGGGCAUUUGCCCGGAACCCAUAAGCUUGAAGAUAUACUCAACCAAAGUCGUCAAUUUGACGCUUGUCGAUCUGCCAGGUAUUACCAAGGUGCCAAUAGGUGAUCAGCCCGAAGACAUUGAGAACCAAAUUCGGAACCUGAUCAUCAAGUACAUUGCCAACCCCAAUUCAAUAAUCUUAGCUGUAACAGCGGCUAACACGGACAUGGCAACUAGUGAGGCUAUUAAGAUGGCCAAAGAAGUCGACCCUGACGGGCGUAGGACGCUCGCCGUCGUCACUAAACUUGAUCUCAUGGAUGCUGGAACUGAUGCGAUAGACAUCCUGUGUGGCCGUGUGAUUCCGGUAAAACUUGGCAUCAUUGGCGUAGUAAACAGAUCGCAACAAGAUAUUAUCGAUAGGAAGUCUAUUACGGAUGCACUUAAGGACGAGGCGACAUAUCUACAAAGGAAGUAUCCGACAAUCGCAACUCGGAACGGCACGCCAUACUUAGCCAAAACACUUAAUAGACUUCUCAUGCACCAUAUUAGGGAUUGCUUGCCUGAACUUAAGGUGCGCGUGAACGUGAUGAUAUCUCAAUUCCAAUCUCUGCUCAAUUCCUAUGGAGAAGAUGUCUCAGACAAGUCACAAACGCUCUUGCAAAUCAUCACGAAGUUUGCCAGCGCCUACUGUUCCACAAUCGAGGGAACCGCGCGUAACAUUGAAACCACUGAAUUAUGUGGAGGCGCCAGAAUAUGCUACAUAUUCCAUGAAACCUUUGGACGCACUCUAGACUCUAUACAUCCGCUUGUAGGACUUACCCGCAUGGAUAUCCUGACGGCCAUCCGUAACGCCACGGGGCCUCGGCCGGCGCUGUUCGUGCCGGAGGUGUCGUUUGAGCUGCUCGUCAAGCGUCAGAUUAGACGCCUCGAGGACCCCUCACUUCGUUGCGUCGAAUUGGUGCACGAGGAAAUGCAGCGGAUAGUUCAGCACUGUGGCACGGAGGUGCAGCAGGAGAUGCUGCGCUUCCCGCGGCUGCACCAGCGCAUAGUGGACGUGGUCACGCAAUUGCUGCGCACGCGCCUGCCCGCUACGAACUCAAUGGUGGAGAACCUUGUAGCGAUCGAGCUGGCAUACAUUAAUACGAAACACCCAGAUUUCCACCGAGAAGCGGCGUUGGUCUCCGGACUCCUCAAGAGUACAGAUGGUCUUGUGGAUGAGCAUAGUCCUCACUAUCGCCAGAAGACGCCUCGUUCGCAACCCUCACCGGUAUCUACAGUAUUUAAACUCUUUCUCCGCCAAAUGGGUGAAAGAGGGUCCACGCUAAUGUUCUUGGGAAAUGCACUGGAUUCUAUAUACCAGCAUGUGCCAGCUAUAACAGAUGGCCACGAGAACAAGUCGCCUCCACAGUCUGGUAACAGUGAAUCUCCAAGUACACCCCAGAUGAACGGCUCACCAGAGAAUAAAGUCCUGACCCCGCAGAAGCCGGUGAACUUGCUCCCCGAAGUGCCAAGCCAAACUUCGCGCAAGCUAUCCGAUCGCGAACAACACGAUUGUGACGUCAUUGAAACAAAAGGUAUUAUUCUAGAGCGACUGAUCAAAUCGUACUUCUACAUCGUACGCAAGUCCAUCCAAGACUCAGUCCCGAAGGCAGUGAUGCAUUUCCUGGUAAACUACGUGAAAGAUAACUUACAGUCUGAAUUGGUGACGCAUCUGUACAAGUCGGACCACGCUGAGACUCUACUAAACGAGUCUGAACACAUCGCGCAAAGGAGGAAGGAAGCUGCUGAUAUGCUGAAGGCUUUGCAACGCGCUGGCCAAAUUAUCAGCGAGAUCAGAGAGACACACAUGUGGUGAUGGUCUUCGGACGGGGACUCUAGUCUGUGAAUUAGUGAAUUCAAACCCACUCUGUACAUACUCCCUUAGUGUAGGUAAAUUAUUAGGCAUUUGACUUAUUUUGAAACGCUCUUGCAUUUGCUUUUAUAAUUAUUGUAUUUUCUGCUCUCUAAGUAUUCUUUUUUUUUUUCAUGACAAUCUGAUUGGGUCAGAUUAUUGUCUAAAUUUUAUUGUGAAAGUAAUGUACCAAAAAAUCUGAGUCAAAGCAGAAAAUUUAGAAGCAAAUGCAUUAUGGCAGUAGGUAUAUUUACACUUAUUGAAAAUGCACAGCACAGUGAUGAAAUUUGCUCCAAUAAGGCUUUUUGGAACAAUUUGUUAUUAGUAUUAUUGCAUACUACAGAAGGCAUUCGAAAGAAACUGUUUAUUUUUAAAAAUACCCCUGUGAACACGUAUAAUUUGUGCUAAUAAUGUUUGACCAACUUGCACAAUUGUGAAAGUUAUUUGUUAAUAUCAGUUACCAUUGCAUAAGUAGUGAAGUAUUUAAGCGUACGCAUGUAAGUUUUCUCAAAUGUACUCAUGGUAGGUGUAACUCAGUGAUAUUACUUGUAACUUGCGUUAUUAACGUAUUUUCUAUUAAUCGAAUGUGUCUAAUCGUCUGUCAUGAACUUUUCAAGUUUUUUGAAUCAUUACAAAAUUGUAUUAAGGUCUAGAAGUAAUAAAAUUUGUUUUCACGUUUUGUUUUAAACAGGGUUGGUUAUUUAAUAAAAUAGUUGUGAUUGUAACUGUUUAAAUGCUACAAGACAUUAGGGCUAGAUACUGCUUCUGCAUUGUUUUUAAAUUACACAUAAGCUUUUUGUUCUUGUAACCUAAGUUCCUUGUUCAUUAUUAGAUAGUAAUUCAGCACGCUGUGUUAUUUUUUCAAUUACGUUUAGUCAUGUUGUGUCAUGUCGGAACGAUCGGUGAUUUAUUUAUUUUAACAUCGGUAGUGCGUAUUCCAAUGUUACACAAUGUAUUUUUAUAGUUCGAGGUGUGAUUUGCU